CUGGCAUCCUCCCUAGUAUCCCUACCCGCAGCCAGCUACCUGCCAUCUCUGCCUGCAGCAUGCCCUUACAAGGGCACAGGCACGGCUCCCGCCACAGUCCUGCUUCGCCUGCGGUCCUCCCCGGCACCAGGACCCGCCGUGCCGAGGCCACCCCAUGGCACCACAGGCAUGGCGUGGCCACCCCGCCAUGCCAUGGCCACUGUGCUGUGCCAUGGCCACCCAGCCCUGCCGCUGUCACCCUGCCACCUGGACCCCUCUGCUCUGCAGCCCCCGUGGGGGCAGCAUGGCUGCUCCAGCUGGAAGGCACAGCCGUGCCAGGGACGUUCAUGCCGACCAAGAGCCAGCGGGUGGCUGAGCAGGCAGGGGACGGGGAUGAGGCUGCUCUCCUGCGCAGCCUGAGCCAGGGAGCAGGGACAAGGCACCUCUGCCGGGAUGGGAACCGUCUGUCCGGGCAGGCUGGGGGGUGGUCACGGCCAUGCACUCACCUCCAAAUGCGCCCGGAUGGAGCUGAAGGGCUGUUGCGUGGCAAGGGAAGAGCCAGGAGGAGGGCACGUCCCUGCUGCACCAAGGUGGGAGGUGGAUGCAACAGGGUGCUGGGGUGGCCGCAGGGUCCCUACGCAGGGGGACAGCAUCUCCGCAGCCUGACAGUCCCCAUCCCGCCGCCAGGUCUCCCAGCCGCCGCAGACAUGGCGAACAAGGGCCCGGCAUAUGGCAUGAGCAGGGAUGUCCAGUCCAAGAUCGAGAAGAAGUAUGAUGACGAGCUGGAGGACCGGCUGGUGGAGUGGAUCGUGGCGCAGUGCGGGGCGGCGGUGGGUCGCCCCGAGCGGGGCCGCCUGGGCUUCCAGGUCUGGCUGAAGAACGGCAUCGUCCUUAGCAGGCUGGUAAACAGCCUCUACCCUGAUGGCUCCAAGCCUGUCAAGAUCCCCGACACCCCCCCCACCAUGGUCUUCAAGCAGAUGGAGCAGAUCGCCCAGUUCCUCAAGGCGGCCGAGGACUAUGGCGUGGUCAAGACGGACGUGUUCCAGACUGUCGACCUCUUUGAAGCCAAGGACAUGGCAGCAGUGCAGAGGACACUGAUGGCCCUGGGAAGCCUGGCGGUCACCAAGAACGAUGGGCACUACCACGGGGACCCCAACUGGUUCAUGAAGAAAGCGCAGGAGCACAAGCGGGAGUUCACCGAGAGCCAGCUGAAGGAGGGCAAGAACGUCAUCGGCUUACAGAUGGGGAGCAACAAGGGGGCAUCACAGGCGGGGAUGAGCUAUGGCCGGCCCCGGCAGAUCAUCAGCUAAGCAGCCCCCCUCACCGCCCCCAGCCCUCCCGCUGCCGGGAGAGCAGCCCCAGCCAGGACCUCCAUCUUCACUCCCCUCGGCUCAGCGCAUCACAGCCACCCGAGCACCGGUGGCCGCCACCGCCCCUCACCAAUUGGUAUUUAUUGACAAGAAAACGCCAGCCAGCCCAAAUGACCCUUCAGCGCAACCAACAGCAGCACAUGCCCAGCCGCAGCGAUGCACCCGGCCUCGGGGACCUCAGGGCAGCUGUGCCCCGGGCAGCCUCUCCCCUCCGGCUUCGCACGCUCCUGCUGCACCCCCGUGAGC